AUUAAUUCUGCGUUUAAUCGAUGAUUAUAAAUUAUUCAAAACAGAAACAAAUGCAUAAUACAAAAUAUCUAUAUAUUUGAAUAAACGUGGGGUAACCGUUGUUUUUGUACGUCUUGUUCUUGUUAUAUACGUUAAAGUUCUCCUUCAUUCUUGUUCUUGUGAUCCUUGAUAUUAUGAUUAAGUGACUAGGUGAUAAUACAUAGUUUGUAGUGUCUCUACGACGAUGGAAACCAAUCUAGAACUUAGCAAUAUGGAAGAAGUAAAGUCAGACGGGAGACCAAGGAAGAAAGAUCCUUACGACAGAGCGAACAUUGUUAGUGGAUUAUUAUUUUGUUGGCUAUGUCCAUUUUUUAAGCGAGGUUUCAAAAAGGAAUUAACUGAAGAUGAUAUGUAUCUUCCUAGAAAUAAUCACGAUUCAAGACAACUUGGCGAUUUAUUAGAAAUGGCUUGGAAAAACGAAACUGUUCGAAGAAGCUCUCCAUCUCUCUUGAGAGUUUUGCUAAGUACAUUUUCUAUUGAAUUGAUUCUAUACGGGCUAUGUACAUUCGUCGCUGAAUGUUUAAGAAUUAUUCAACCAGCCCUUAUUUCAAGAUUGAUGAGUUUGUAUCAAACCGUAGAAAUAAAAAAUAGAUGGAACGAAAUUUACUUAAACGCCUUAUUUGUUAUGGUUGCUUCUUUCGCGUACAUAAUAGUAAAUCAUUUUUAUAAUUUGAAAAUGGCGGAAGUCGGAUUGAAGAUGAGAGUAGCUUGUUGUUCUCUAAUGUACCGAAAAACACUAAAGUUAAAUAAACGCGUUCUUGUAGAAACAACAGUUGGCAAAAUGCUUAAUCUUUUAUCAAAUGAUGUUGGUCGAUUCGAUGUCGCAUUCAAUCAUAUAAAUCAGUGUUGGCUGGGACCCGUAUUGACUUGCAUAGUAAUAUAUUUAACUUGUUCCUCCUUCGGAUGGAUGGGUAUGUCAGGAAUGAUUGUUUUAAUUGGAUGUAUACCAUUACAAAUGUUUUUGGGUAAAAAAAUAUCUGAAUUUCGUUUGAAUACUGCAGUACGAACCGAUGAAAGAGUGAGAUUGAUGAACGAGAUAAUUAACGGUAUUCAAGUCAUAAAAAUGUACACGUGGGAGAAACCUUUCGCCAAACUUGUGGAAAUUGCACGAAUGAAAGAGAUUCGUUUCAUAAGAUUUACUAGCUACAUCCGAGGUUUCUUGAUGUCCAUGAGUCUUAGUAACAACAGAGUUUCAAUUGCUGUUGCCAUUAUAGUUUACGUUUCAACAGGAAAUCCUCUAACUUCGACCUACGUGUAUACAAUAACCUCAUAUUAUCGUAUAUUGACUUCCUUCAUAAUGUUCUUUCCACACGCCAUAUCGCAAGUUUCGGAAUUGAAAACGUCGAUUUGUAGAUUACAGACUUAUCUUCUUUUAGAAGAAAACAAAAAAAGCGAAAUCAAUAGAGGUUUUGCGGAAAAUUUUAUAACGAAAAGCGAGUGGGAAUCCAAACAAAACGUCGGUAUAGAAUUUCAUAACGUAUCUGCUAAAUGGGUGACUUCUCACACGGAAAAUAAUUUGAAGAAUGUUACAAUGAACAUAAGUUCCCCCGGUUUAGUUGCUAUAGUAGGUUCAGUAGGUAGCGGUAAAUCAUCAUUCCUACAAGUUAUUCUUCAAGAAUUAGAACCAAUAGAAGGUUACGUGAUUGUUAACGGUAGUAUAUCUUACGCAUCUCAAGAACCAUGGUUGUUUGGCAGCACCAUAAGACAAAAUAUACUUUUCGGUCAACCGUACGAUAAAAAGAAAUACGAUGAAGUCAUAAAAGUGUGCGCUUUGAUAUCUGAUUUGAAUAUUUUACCGUAUGGAGACAAAACUAGGGUAGGAGAAAGAGGUGUAACUUUAAGCGGAGGACAAAGAGCAAGAGUAAAUUUGGCUAGAGCUGUAUACAAAGAAGCGGAUAUAUAUUUAUUAGAUGAUCCACUUUCAGCUGUCGAUGCAAAUGUCGGUAAACAUUUAUUCGAAGAGUGCAUAUGUAAAUAUUUAGCUAAUAAAUGCGUCGUACUUGUAACUCAUCAAUUACAAUUUUUAAAAUAUAUAAAUAGAGUAUUUUUAUUAGAAGAUGGGAAUAUUAGCGCUACAACAUAUUGUUCGGAUAAUCGAAUCGCUAAAUUCGUUAAUAAAUUAGAGACAAAAAAAGAAGAUGCUACAAUUAUAAAUGAAGAGGAGAAGAAAAAUAACGUGGAUAAACCACGGGAAGACGAAGCUCCGCAACUGAAAAAAGAAGGGAAAGAAGUAGGAAAUGUGACGUACUACGUUUAUAAUAAUUACAUAAAAGCUGCAGGACACGUCUGUAAAUUAAUAAUCUUACUCUCUGGUUUCGUAAUUUCUCAAAGCUUAGACAGUAUGGCGGAAUACUUCGUUACAAUAUGGGUGAAUAUAGUGCAAUGGAAAUCACAGACUGUCUUUCUUAACUCAACUAUAUCACAACAGAACUACUCGACAGAUGCUCCCGUAAUUGAAAUUCCCUAUGGUGCAAACAGGCAUCAAUGGAUGCUUGAUGUAUUUGCUGGAAACGAAACUAUGUACAUAUACGCAUCGUUAACUAUAUUGCUACUUAUUGUAACGUAUUCUCGUUCCACGUAUUUUUAUACGUGGUGUCUGGCAUCGUCUGUUACGUUGCAUAACAAAAUGUUUGACAAUAUUAUUCAUAGCCCGAUGGAAUUUUUCAAUACGAAUCCAUCUGGAAGAAUCCUGAACAGAUUUUCCAAAGAUAUCGGAGUCAUUGAUGAACUCAUGCCAUUAUCUAUAUUUGAUACGCUUCAAAUUGGAUUAACUGUUUUAUCAAUAUGUCUCAUAAUGGGAACUUUGACGCCAUGGGCAAUAAUACCUACAGCUUUUGUUUUGGUGAUAUUUUAUAUUAUGAGGGUGGUAUAUUUGGAAACCAGUAGGGAUGUGAAACGGAUCGAGUCUAUUGCUAGAAGUCCAAUAUAUUCUCAUCUGACGGCGUCUCUACAAGGUUUAACGACAGUUAGGGCGUUUCAAGCACAAGAAUUGCUAGCAAUAGAAUUUGACAAACUGCAAAAUUCUCACAGUGCCGCAUUUUUUAUGUAUUUGGGAGCACAGAGAAGCUUUGGAUUUUGGUUAGACUUUUUUUGUAUUCUCUACGUUGGUUUUGUAUUGGUCGCUCUUUUAAUUGUAAAAGGAGAAACAUUUGGUGGCAACGUUGGUUUAGCUUUAACACAAGCUAUGACGCUAACAGGAAUGUUUCAGUGGGGUAUAAGACAAUGGAGUGAGCUAGAAAAUCAAAUGACGUCUGUCGAACGAAUUCAGGAAUACACUGAAUUAUCACACGAAGUCGAAGGUGAUGUAGAAGAUCCACCGUCCGAUUGGCCACGUUAUGGUCAGAUUGAAUUUAAUAAAGUUUAUUUAAGAUACUCAAAAAAUUUGCCAGUUACACUUAGAAAUAUUAGUAUGGUCAUAAAUUCUGAAGAAAAAGUUGGAGUUGUUGGAAGAACUGGUGCUGGAAAAUCUUCAUUAAUCCAAGCUCUUUUCCGAUUAGCAUUCACGGAAGGUAGUAUUCUAAUUGAUGGGAUCGACACCAGUACCGUUCCAUUGAAUAAACUGAGAUCAAAAAUUUCAAUCAUACCCCAGGAACCAGUUUUAUUUAACGGUACACUUAGAGAAAAUCUCGAUCCUUUUAAUGAUUAUUCCGACAAAGUUUUGUGGAGCGCCCUUGAGGAAGUCGAGCUCAAAUCGCUUGUAAGUGAAUAUCCCGAAGGUUUAGAUAGUAAAAUAGCAGAAGGAGGAGGAAAUUUCAGUGUUGGACAGAGACAAUUGCUCUGUUUAGCCCGAGCUAUAGUACGACAAAAUAAAAUAUUGAUUUUGGAUGAAGCUACAGCUAACGUAGACCUCAAAACUGACGGACUUAUACAAACAACUAUUAGAAGAAAAUUUUCGGCAUGCACUGUUUUAACUGUAGCGCAUAGACUACAUUCUAUAAUCGAUUCAGAUAAGGUAUUGGUUAUGGACGCUGGAGAAAUUUUGGAAUACGAUAGUCCUCAUCUUCUUCUACAGAACCAAAAUGGUGUCUUUUAUUCCUUAGUAAUGAAAACGGGAGUUACUACUGCAACAAAUUUAAUUGCUGCCGCCGAAACUGCGUAUAAACUUCGUCAUACAACGUAACUUUAAUGUGAAUUUUUUUAUUCAUAAUUUCUAAUAUUUUACAGACUUAAUUUAAUAAGUUUAUUAAAUAUAAAUAUUAUGAGUAAGAAA